CCCUCUGAUAGCAUCCUCUUGCAGCGCAGCUCCUAGGAAGUUGUUCGUUACACGAGAGAGGCGGUACAGAGGCACCCAAGGCACCAUGAUCGAUACCAUCCGCGAGUCCUUUUUUGGACAAUGCUGCCGCCUCGUCACGGGCGGCCGAGUCUUCCAAUACCCCGAAGAGGUCGACUCAUCCUUAUGCCAUCGUUAUGUAAACGAGGAGAAGUCUACAAAUAUGGGCCUGCAUGGGAAGACAGGAUCGCCCGAGACAAACUCGUCUUCUUCAACCGACAAUAUCGACGCCAGGAGUAACUCGCAGGAUGCUCUGCGAGAAAAAGGCCGUCGAUAUGUUGACCCUGAGAAGGGCAAGGAUGUGCAUAUCGUGGACUGGUACGGACCAGAUGAUCCAGCUAACCCUCAGAAUUGGUCUCGGCCCAAGAAGUUCUUCGUCACCUUUGAGAUCUGCUUCCUCACCUUCUCGGUGUAUAUCGGCAGUGCGAUAUUCUCCUCUAGUAUUACAGAUGUCGAGACCGUCUUCGGCGUGUCGCAGGUCGCCGCAACGCUGGGCCUGACCCUCUUCGUGGCCGGCUACGCCGUGGGUCCCAUGAUCUGGGCGCCUCUGUCGGAGAUCCCACAGAUCGGCCGCAAUCCGGUGUAUAUCAUCACGCUCGCACUCUUCGUGGUGCUCCAGGUGCCUACGGCACUGGCUGUCAACUUUGGCAUGCUGUUGGCCUUCCGGUUCCUGACGGGAUUCAUCGGCAGUCCUUCUCUCGCGACAGGUGGCGCCAGCAUCGGUGACAUGUACACCCCCGCCAAGAGGACGUACGGUCUCGCAGUCUGGGGCAUCGGAGCUGUGUGUGGACCGACCGUGGGUCCACUGGUAGGCGGAUUUGCGGUAGAGGCUAAAGGUUGGAACUGGGCCAUUUGGGAGCUUCUGUGGCUGUCGGGGUUCUGUCUUGUCGUCCUUGUCUUCUUCCUUCCAGAGACAUCAUCCGCGAAUAUUCUCUACCGGCGGACCCAACGCUUGCGGAAGCUGACGGGAAACACCAAGCUCAUCAGCGAGCCUGAGCUCAUCGGACAAGACAUGACGGGCAAAGACAUCUUGACCAUGACACUGAUCCGGCCCUUCAGCCUGCUUUUCACGGAACCGAUCGUGUUUGCGCUGGAUAUGUACAUCGCACUCGUGUACGGCCUGCUCUACAUCUGGUUCGAAAGCUUCCCCAUUGUCUUUGUCGAAAUGUACCAGUUCAGCUUGGGUACCCUGGGUCUGGCGUAUAUUGGCCUGCUGGUCGGGAUAUUCGUCGUGGCCCCUCCGUUGUUCUGGUAUCAGCAUCGCUAUAUUGAGCCCAAAUUCAACGAUAACGGCGAACUGGUGCCGGAAUGGCGUCUACCGCCAGCCUUUGUGGGAGCCUUCGCGCUUCCCAUCUGUUUGUUCUGGUUUGGGUGGACAAGUCAGCCGCAGAUUCACUGGAUCGUACCCAUCAUUGGCACAGCAUGGUUCAGUGUUGGUGCAUUCCUGCUGUUCAACUCCGUCCUCAACUAUCUGUCGGAUGCAUAUCCAGAAUAUGCUGCCAGUGUUCUGGCAGGCAACGACUUCCUGCGAAGCAUGGUUGGCGCAGGUUUCCCGCUGUUCGCCAACGCAAUGUACACAAAAUUGGGCGUUGGCUGGGCGAGCUCCCUGCUGGGGUUUCUAAGCAUCGUCUUCAUUCCAAUCCCUUUUGUACUGUUCAAGUAUGGACACUGGUUGAGGAUGAAGAGCAAGCACGCCAGACACGACUUUUGAAAGGCGCGACUGAUCGCGCGCGCAAAAGACCCGGCGAUCGACCGGUGGUAGAACAGGACAUAUGAAAAUCAAUGGCGCAGAUCAUUUGUGUAAUAAAGAUAAUAUUAUAUCAUC